AUGAACCGUGCUUUUAGCAGGAAGAAAGAUAAAACUUGGAUGCAUACUCCUGAGGCUUUAUCGAAACAUUAUAUUCCCUAUAAUGCAAAGUUUCUUGGCAGUACAGAAGUGGAGCAGCCCAAAGGUACUGAAGUUGUGAGAGAUGCAGUUAGAAAACUAAAGUUUGCAAGACAUAUCAAGAAAUCUGAAGGUCAGAAAACUCCUAAAGUUGAAUUGCAAAUAUCAAUUUAUGGGGUAAAAAUUCUAGAACCAAAAACAAAGGAAGUCCAGCACAAUUGCCAGCUUCAUAGGAUAUCAUUUUGUGCAGAUGAUAAAACUGACAAGAGGAUAUUUACUUUCAUAUGCAAAGAUUCUGAGUCAAAUAAGCAUUUGUGCUAUGUAUUUGACAGCGAAAAGUGUGCUGAAGAGAUCACUUUAACUAUUGGUCAAGCUUUCGAUCUGGCCUACAGGAAGUUUCUAGAAUCUGGAGGAAAAGAUGUGGAAACAAGAAAACAGAUUGCGGGGUUGCAGAAAAGAAUACAAGAACUAGAAACUGAGAAUAUAGAACUCAGAAAUAAAGUCCAGGAUUUGGAAAACCAGCUAAGAAUAACUCAGAUAUCAACAUCUCCAGCAUCCAGUAUGACACCUAAAUCACCUUCCACUGAUAUCUUCGACAUGGUUCCUUUUUCUCCAAUAACUCCUCAGUUAUCAACACCUACUCGCAAUGGUACACAGCCUCCUCCAGUACCCAGUCGAUCUACAGAGAUAAAAAGAGACCUUUUUGGAGCAGAACCUUUUGAUCCCUUUAACUGUGGAGCAGGGGACUUCCCUCCAGACAUUCAAUCAAAACUAGAUGAGAUGCAGGAGGGGUUCAAAAUGGGACUAACUCUUGAAGGCACGGUAUUUUGUCUCGAUCCAUUAGAUAGUAGGUGCUGAUGCCAAGAACAAGAGAUCCUGACUCUUGUAUGACAUUUCGUUUUAUCAUUAUUAUUAUGAUGUGUAUUACAGGUAUUAUCCAUGUGCCAAAAAUUUUUGUUUUUAGACAUGUUAACUUCUGUGAAAUAUGCUUCAGUAAGACUUCAACACAGGUUCAGUGUUGACCUGUAAAACUGUAAAAAAAAAAAAGCCACAUCUGCAUGUGAGCUGUUCAUUAAGUUACACCAUUAUGUUCCUUUCUGUUUCUGUUGGAGAUCAAUUUAUAUUACUAAAGAAGAGAGUCUCCUAAUUCUUCAUCAUAAGUUAGAAGUACUUUUGAAAGCUACAAAGCUACAUUACCUUUUUUCAGUCCACUAGGAUAUUAUUGUAUUCUACUCAACUCGAACUUAAUCCUUUCUUCCUAGUAUUUUGGGGAAAAAACUGUCUAACUGAAAGGGCAAGACUUGGCUAGACAUUUGAAAAAUGUAACUAUGACUAUGUCUAAAUGAUAUACGUGCUAGUCAGUUCACUGGGAGACAGCAAAAUGAUUAUUUGGUGCUAUGAGAGCCCAAAAGAAGAAGUUCCUACUUUCAGUUAGCUUCGAUGGCAUCAUGUAGUUAUAACUGAUUAUUCUGCAUAUUAAGCCUAUGAAAUUUUUAUAAAUCAUGAGCCUUAUACAUCAUUGUGUCUAUUAGUUGCUUUUCAUAUCACUGGAGAAUUUUACAUUUUAAAAAUAAUGACCUCAGGUCACUAACUUUCAGACUGGCAAAAUGAUUAGUGAAUAGAAAUAAAAAAGAUAACAAAAUUGAAUGUAUUUAGAAUAUACAACAGCAAACAUAGAUGCCACGUAAUUCCAAUUAUUAUAUUCAAUUGUUUGCUAUACAUUUCUUUUUAAUCUUAAAAUAAAAUUUGCACCAUCUAAGAAAAUAUAGAAAAGACAUUUCAAGGCCAUCUUCUUGCGGAUGAUAGCAGUUAGUUAUAUAACAAAGCAUAUAUACCUUUCUAAUUUGAUAGUACAGAGAAAUAUAUUUGAACAUAGAUUCUGCAUAUAUUUACAACAUAUCAUACCUGUAUUUACUUUAAAAAAGCAUUUUUCUCCAUCAAAGUAGUCUGUGUUUUAAUGGAAUAUUUUCCCCUGAUAUUAGUAUUACAUUCAGUGCCUAGAACAGUGCCUUGCAUGUCAUAGGCAUUUUUAUAAGUAUUUGUUGAAUUGAAUCAAAUCUCAAAUGCUUAUUUUGAGAUGCUGCAAUUAAUAUUGGUAUUUUAGCAUUUAUGACAACCAUUCAGCAUGACUAAGUGAAAAAAUCAUUAUUAAUACUAUGAUAUGACCAAAUUUCAUUUUAACUUGAUUUUCCUAAAAUAUAAGUCCAUCCUUUGUAGACAUACAAAUUAAGUUUCUGCUAAGGUUAGAGUGUAAAUGACUUGGCUACUUGUAUUCCAUUAAUCAUUAACAUGAGCAAUAAACAUUUUAUUUAAUUUUGUUUUGAUUCAGUUAUUAUUUUGUUCAUUGAAAGUAUUUUUAUUAUACAGGCUUCCUCAACAUAUAACAUGCUUAAAAUUCAUUUUAAUGCUAAUAAUGUGUACCCUAAAAGCAAAUCUUAUUGGGUUUCUCCUGACACUACUUUACUAGAAAAAGAACUUAAAGAUUUGACAUUUUAGAAAUAGAUGGAUAUGUAGAAGUCCUCCUCACAAAAAGAGGUUUUCUUUAUGGAUUCAUGAACAUUCGUUUUUCUUCUGUAGCCUAGAUAAGCUGGGAAAAUAUCAACUAUGUUCAUGGAACAUGUCUUAAGGUGUAUAUGAGUUUAUCUUUUCUACUUUAUGUUCACAUGUAUCACUAAUUCCAGAGUAGUAUAUGUUUCAUAAAGAAAAGUCUUUAUAAUUUUGUUUGUCAUAUAGUAUUUUGGAAUUUGUAUAAUGAGGAUGUUUAGUAGCCAUAUCUCAAUGGCUUUUUUAACAGAUAGAAUUUGUAUUUUUAUUGUACUUUAAAAAGCUUUAUGUAAUAGGCAUAUAUUUAGUGGCCAUUUACUAUCAAUGGUAACACAGUACUAAGAUAAUAUUUGCACACUUAACGGACUUUUUCUUUACUGAUUUUUUAAUGGUAAUCACGUAUGGAAAUGGCAUGAUUAAAUAAUACUUAACUGGUCAUUCAGUUCAAAAAUGCUUAAUUCAGCAGUGCAUUUUUAAUGAAAAAUUUGGUUGAAACUGUAUUUCUUUGUAAUCUCAAUUGUAUGUUUGAUUUUGCUGCAAAUAAAUGUUUUUAAGUAAA